GUUGAAUUUAAAUUAUUUCUUUUUAAUGUUCGUUCAGCUUUAAUAUUAUAAAACGAAAUCUUUGAAACAAAAAAAAUAAAAAGGGAAAAUAAAAUGUUCGUAGGAAUGGUUAAACGUUAUUUUUGUACGCCAUCAAAAGCUAAUGUUAUGAUUGUAACAUUAUUAUGGCUUGUUCAAGGAAUUUUCAUAAUCAAAAAAGCUAUAGAGUAUUCAUUAAAACUCAAUUUAUCAAAUAUAGAAAUUGCGAUAAAUCAUGUUUAUCUCAUUCCAAUUUUUAUUAUCUAUGGAUUAAUGAUAAUCGGAGCAAUAUUUGGAUUAUUGAUUAUAAAUUGUGCGGUAAUGUAUAAUAAUAAAUCCAUGAUGUUAUUUUUAUAUUCUAAAUUAGCGUGUGUUAUUGCAAAAAGUAAUGUUAUUUAGGUUAUGUAUGUAAUCAAAAAUAUUUUGAUAUCAUACAAAAUAUUAUUUUAUAUGCUUUCAUUUCGAUCAUUUUAUCGUUAUAUUCCGCCAUGAUCAUUUC